CUUCCACCUCUACUACAGUUGCUGGAAAUGAGAAUGAUAAGUUCGAGCGUCAUGGAAUGAAAUUGGGACCUGCAACAGCUCUCGUAGACUUCGCUAAGGAGUGUAAGGAUAAAAAAUUAAAGGCGUUCUCAUUUUCUCUACAAAUUCACGAACUUAAAGACUCCAAUAAGCACUUCGAGCAUUGUGUGGAGAAUAUUUUGUUCAGGAUGAAACAUUACGGGUCGUUGGUUUUGGAUAGUUGGAAUCUAUGCGUAAUGAAUACGUUUCGACCAAACUUUAUACGGAACUACACAUUGCAGAUGAUACAGGUUGAUUAUGCAAUCGAGAAGACAAAGGUCCAGCGUAGCAUACUCGAAGGCUUCGCCCAAAAUAUCAAACAGCUCGAGAGCUCGUAUGAAACGAACAAGAGGAAACGAAAAAGUGUAGAUGAUGAUUUCGACUACCUCUAUGGUAUCGCUCUAGAAAAAAGAACCGAAGAGUAUCAAACAUUGCGUAAUGGUGUGAAGAAGGUUUUGAGUGCUAUCGUUGGUUUAAUAAAGGAUAGGGCGUGUGAGGACGAAUCUCCUGAGAAUAAGAGGGUUAAAAUAGAAGGGUAUCGUUCGAAAAAUAAGCCGUAG